ACAGAGCCUUACACUGCUGCAUGAUUUAUCGAAGAGAUGAUUGUUUAUCAUUACUUCUGCCUCUAGGUGUUCGACAUGAUCAUUAGCUUAUUACGCGCUCAAGACACUUGCAUGACCAUUUCAGUAUACAAGCGCGGAAGCGACUCGUCUUCGUUCAACCCGAAAUGUCACAGAACGUUUACGACCAGAGCGAGUUCUUCGAGAACUACGUAAAGCUAGAUCGGCAGACAAAGGGAUUGGAUGGCGCACCCGAGUGGCCGCGCCUACGCGAGAUGUUGCCCACCCUCAAAGAAGCACAGGUGUUGGACCUCGGGUGUGGGUUCGGAUGGUUCUCGCGUUUCGCGCGUUCAGGGGGUGCCGCGCGCGUACGAGGCAUUGACCUCUCCGAGAAAAUGCUAGAAAAAGCGCACAGCAUGACGGCGGACGAUGGUAUUGCGUACGAGCAGGCAGACCUUGAGAACCUCACGCUUCCCGACGAUGAGUACGAUGUGGUGUAUAGCUCGCUCACGUUCCACUACCUCACCAAUCUUCCGAGUCUAGUGGCGGAGAUCAGCAGAAGUUUGAAGCGCGGCGGCCGAUUUGUCUUCUCAGUUGAGCAUCCGCUGUUCACAGCGCCGACCACGCCGAGUCUUGUUGUGGUGGACGAGGAUACUGGACGUAAAGCUUGGCAAGUCGACGCCUAUCAACAAGAGGGGUUGCGGACCAGGAGCUGGUUCGUCGAGGGGGUUCACAAACAACACCGUACUAUGAGUACGUACAUCAAUCUGUUACUGAGCUCCGGUUUCCGGUUGACGGACUUCGUGGAAUGGUGUCCCUCGCAAGAGGAAUUGAAGAGUAACCCGGGCUGGGACGUCGAGCUGAUCCGGCCCACGUUCUUGUUAGUGGGAGCUGUGAAGGACUGAUCAACCAGGCAGGUAAAAGGAAGGAAUGAAGAGAAAAAAGCCGCGAGCAUUGAAAACUACAUCUUGUGCGUAAGAGAUGUCAUGACCACCGCUAUCUGAUGCCACAAUCCAAAACCCGGAGAUUUCUGUUCAUUUGAGGAUUCUUCAGUAUAACACCUCUAAAUAGGUCUUGUUUCCUACAGGUUUGGCAUGAGAUGAAUUUGCUAGCAUUCAAGUAGCAACAUAGUCACAAAGUAUACCUGAGUUAUCAUUUUAUUAUGUAGAGUCUAGAUAUAAUCCCAGUAUACAUGUGCAUGCUUUA